GCAAGAAAUUGGCGGGAACGUGCCCUGUGAACAUUGAAAAUUCUGGCUUGCCUGAAACAAUGGUAUGGUAGUAUGGUAGCACUACCGCGUAGGGCAACGACAAUCACUCAGAGAGCUGAGUCAUUCAGCCCAUCCCGCAGCCGCUCCCCGCCUCGGCGCCUCCCCUGCAUUCUUCUUCUUCGUGCUCCAGCCGCCACCAUCCACUCACAGUUCUUACUCCAGCAGCAGCAUUUUCAGCAGCUGAAGAUUUAAUUUGUAUGGGAGGAGACCCUGGUUGUGUUGCAACCCUGCUAUUUAACUUCUUACGAUUGUGCUCCGACCCUACCAACAAAGAUGGACUCCGAUUCUGACUCUGACGGAUCCCAUGUCUCUGCAACUCCUCCACGACGAGCAACUCCAUCACCGCCGCCACCACAACCUCCGCCGCCGCCACAACCACCUCGUGUUCCUUCCGGAAAAUCUAGAAUCAGAACCAAAACCUCGAGCUCCAAGAAGCGCCCUUCUGCACCCGAUAAAACCCAAUCCAAACACGAUCCGCUACCCGAACCAAGCCACCAACUCCAAGACCCUUUCUCCCUCCCGACCGCUCUACCGUUUCAAAUUCGUCGGUCCUCCGACUGUGACCCCGCACCCCCGUCCACUUCCCAGCCCCUCGAAACCGUCCCGGCGGGGUUCUUCUCCAAAUCCGCUUCCUUCUCGAAGAUCCGAAGACAUUCUAUAAGUUUUGAAGCUUCUGGAAACGAACCGCUACUCGAUUCUACGUCCAAUCUGGGCACCAAUGUUGGACUUGAUUAUGCUCGUGCUUUCCCCGAAGGAGAAAAGGGAAAAUGUGGAAGGAGAGAAGAAGAAGGACUCGGGUUUGGUUCUAGAGAUAAGAGGAAAUUUGGAAAGAUAGAAGAAGAGGAAGAAAGAGGAGGACUUGGAGCUGUUUCUAGAGAAAAGGAGAGCUUUGGAAAGAGAGGAGAAGCAGAAGAAGGAUUUGGAGUUGGAGUUGGUUCUAGAGUAAAGGGGACAUCCGGGAAGAGGCAGCAUCCUAACCUGAUAGGGGCAAAUGCACCAUUGCCAGCCGUGAAGCUGCGAAAAUGUGGCGGGGAAGGGAACUUUGUGAAAUUGAACUUGAGUGGUGGUGGUAAGAGGAGGAAGUUUAUGAACAAGGGGUACAAGAAAAGUGGGAGAUUUUCUGGCGGUAGAAGGUACACAAGAAGUAGAGGUAAAGUGGGACGUCAAGGGAAGGAGGAUCAAGAGGAACUUGGCUUUGAUGAUGAAGAAGGGUUGGUUACAGAGAGUGGACAAAAGAAGCAAAAGCGGACUUGCAGAGCUAGUGAGGUUCAGUUGAAAUUGGUGGACGAGGCAGUGUCUGCUGCUCAAGCUGAGCCUUCGGAUGAGAAUUUGGUGAACUUGCUGAGCUUGGUUUAUGGCUAUGAUAGUUUUCGAGAUGGGCAGCUGGAGGCAAUCAAGAUGGUUCUUACCGGGAAGUCUACCAUGCUUAUUUUGCCAACUGGUGCAGGGAAGUCACUCUGCUAUCAGCUGCCUGCCUUGAUUUUGCCUGGGAUUACCCUAGUUGUCAGUCCAUUGGUGGCCUUGAUGAUUGAUCAGCUAAGGCAACUGCCCCCUGUGAUUAGGGGUGGUUGUUUAAGCAGCAGUCAGACAUCUGAGGAAGCAGCUGAAACACUCAACCAGCUUAGACAAGGUGCAGUGAAGGUGCUUUUUGUUUCCCCAGAGCGCUUCCUGAAUGAGGAGUUUCUGUCUGUUAUUUCUGGUAUGUCAGGCAUCUCACUUCUUGUUGUUGAUGAAGCACACUGUAUUUCUGAAUGGUCUCACAACUUCCGACCAUCAUUCAUGAGACUCAGAGCAUCUUUGCUCCGUAAAAGGCUUAACAUAGGUACUAUUCUUGCAAUGACAGCAACUGCUACAAACACAACUUUAGAUGCCAUCAUGUCUGCUCUAGAUAUUCCUUGCACAAAUCUUAUUCAAAAGGCACAACUAAGGGACAAUUUUCAUUUAUCGGUGUCUUUACUGAAAAAUAGAAUGAAAGACCUUCUGGUUCUCAUGAAGUCUUCUCCUUUUGCCGAAGUUCAAAGCAUUAUCAUAUACUGCAAAUUUCAGUCUGAAACUGAUAUGAUUAGCCGAUACUUGAAUGAUAACAAUAUCUCGGCAAAGAGUUAUCAUGGUGGUAUGAGUUCAAAGGAACGCAACUAUGUCCAAGAGUUGUUUACCUCCAACAAGAUCAGAGUGGUUGUUGCAACUGUGGCAUUUGGUAUGGGACUGGAUAAAAGUGAUGUUGGAGCUGUAAUUCAUUAUAGUCUGCCUAAAAGUCUGGAGGAGUAUGUGCAGGAGAUAGGCCGUGCUGGAAGGGAUGGGAGGUUGUCCUAUUGUCACCUAUUCUAUGAUGACGAAACAUAUUUCAAACUUCGCAGUCUAAUGUACAGGUAAUAAAAUUAUUUUUUCUUUCUUUCUUAUUGUCAAAGUGAGAAGAGCUCCUGUGGGAGAAUAUGUUCGUUAAUUAAAGAAUCUUCUUCACGCAAGUUUGAUAUGAAAGAAGAGGUGAUGCUAACAAUUUUGACACGCUUGGAGUUGGGAGAUGUGAAGUACUUGUAUUUACUUCCACAGAUAAAUGCAACUUGCAAUUUGACAUUUCAUAAGACUCCCCCACCUAUGCUUGCCCAAAGGAAUUCUGCUGUUGCUGUUAUUCUGAAGAGAUCUGAAUAUAAGCAAGGGCUGUAUGUUUUUGACAUUCCAUCCGUGGCAAAUGACGUGGGGAUUACAGCAGUUGAGUUAACAAAUCAGUUGUACAAUCUCAAGUUAACGGGAGAAAUAACUUAUGAAAUGAAGGACUUGGCCUACUGUUAUAAGAUUGUUCAAGUCCCGACGGACUUUUUCUCGCUAUCAACAGCUGUUACCCAAUGGUUAUCAGAUGUUGAAAGUUGUAAGGUACAAAAGAUAGAUGUAAUGCUUAAUGCUGCAAAUUUUGCCAUAAAUUUAUGUGACAAGAUGCAUGGUUGCAGUGAUAACAAUCACACACCAUGCUUGCAAACGAAAAUAUUGGAUUACUUUGCUGGAGUUGAUGAUAACAAUGAUUCCUGCAAAAAAAUUGGUCAAAGCAGCCCUUUCCUGCGGGCUGAUAUUAAGGUCUUUCUUCAGAGCAAUUCACAAGCAAAAUUUACACCAAGAGCUGUGGCCAGGAUAAUGCAUGGAAUUGCAAGCCCUGCAUAUCCUUCUACCAUUUGGUGUAGAACCCAUUUCUGGGGAAGGUAUACACAUAUAGACUUCAAGGUGGUGAUGGAAGCAGCAAAGGCAGAACUGAAGAAUUUGGUUGGAAAAGAUACGCUCUAGGCAUUUAGCCUUUUACUUUAGAUUUGGGGUCUUAAUAUUAAAGCGAAUCCAAUCCAAGGUGGUCAGAAAAAGCUCCUUCUUUAUGUCCUGUCUGUGGCUUAAUGUUAUAGGGGAGUGUGGCAGCACCUCUACUCUGUUUCCACUGGUUGAAACAGAAGGCAAACAAAAUUUGAAGCUCUACCUCAUUUAUGAUACAAUUAUCUUCCUAGGGCGGGAGGAAUCAGUGAUUUGCAAUCCUAGAGAGUGAACUCUCAGGCCUAAGGAAAAAGAAAAAGCUCUUUUAGGAUUGUUUGUUGGAAAAUUAUCAACUGUGUUUGCUAGUGAACAGGAAAAAUAAAUUCUCAGUCAUGUAUAUAAGCUCACUUGAAAUUGUCCCCA